GCUCCGCCUGCCUUCCUGGCUUGGGCCUGAGCGGAGGAGGCGACGGCGGCGCUAGGACCCUGCUGGCCGGGGCUGCGGCGGGGCCUGGGCGGCCGGAGGAGCGGGGACCCCCGGCUCUCCGCACCCGGCGCCAUGUGAAGGGGCUCGGGGGCCGCGGGGGGCCGGGCGCUCCCCAGGGGAGAUGAGGAAACUGAGGCUCAGGUCACAUGGCUUGCCCGAGGCCCCUCAGCCAGUAAGUGGUGGAACCUGGAUUCACACUUGAACCUGAGAUGCUGUACUGACCAUGGCCUUCUCAAGAGCAGGAUUGUGACAGGGCUGACAAGGUGGACAGUCUUCCUGGCUGAGGGCACUGCUCAGGCAAAGGUGUAAGUCCGAAUCCCUGCCCCCUGGGCCACCUGCAGGACGCUGGCCCCUGCCCCUCAGCAGCCACGAGAGAGAGAGAGAUGAGUAGCAACAAAGAGCAGCGGUCAGCAGUGUUCGUGAUCCUCUUUGCUCUCAUCACCAUCCUCAUCCUCUACAGCUCCAACAGUGCCAGUGAGGUCUUUCAUUACGGCUCCCUCAGAGGCCGCAGCCGCCGGCCCAUCAACCUCAGGAAGUGGAGCAUCACCGAUGGCUAUGUCCCCAUUCUAGGCAACAAGACGCUGCCCUCCCGGUGCCACCAGUGUGUGAUUGUCACCAGCUCCAGCCACCUGCUGGGCACCAAACUGGGCCCUGAGAUUGACCGGGCUGAGUGCACAAUCCGCAUGAAUGACGCACCCACUACGGGCUACUCUGCAGAUGUGGGCAACAAGACCACUUUCCGCGUGGUGGCCCAUUCCAGUGUCUUCCGUGUGCUGCGGAGACCCCAGGAGUUUGUCAACCGGACCCCCGAAACCGUGUUCAUCUUCUGGGGCCCUCCGAACAAGAUGCAGAAACCCCAGGGCAGCCUUGUACGCGUCAUCCAGCGGGCGGGCCUGGUGUUCCCCAACGUGGAGGCCUACACCGUCUCUCCCGGCCGCAUGCGCCAAUUUGACGACCUCUUCCGGGGUGAGACGGGCAAGGACAGGGAAAAGUCCCAUUCGUGGUUGAGCACAGGCUGGUUCACUAUGGUGAUUGCAGUGGAGUUGUGUGACCACGUGCACGUCUAUGGCAUGGUCCCCCCCGACUACUGCAGCGGUCCCGCCUGCAGCGCAUGCCCUACCACUACUAUGAGCCCAAGGGGCCGGACGAAUGUGUCACCUACAUCCAGAAUGAGCACAGUCGCAAGGGCAACCACCACCGCUUCAUCACCGAGAAGAGGGUCUUCUCAUCCUGGGCCCAGCUGUACGGGAUCACCUUCUCCCAUCCCUCUUGGACCUAGGCUGCCCUGCCUAUGGGCCGUCACAAGGGAUACAAGAGAAGUGGCUCUCCACCCAGCCACUCCACCAAGGGCCAUCUCCUGGCCAGUCAAGGCUGGCCGGAGUGUCUCCUGGCCAGUCAGGGUCUUGAAGAAGUAUAUCUUCCAGCCAGUCAGGGCCUAGGGGUAGCUCUUGGCCAAUCAGGGAUUUGGACUUCUAUGUGGUUAAUCAGGGGUGUUGAGAUUUCUUGUCCAGUCAGGGUCUGAGCAUAAUCAAUCAGGGUAUUUCUGAGGAUUGGGAGGCUGACGUGUCCUUUCCCAUGAGGCCUUGGUUCAAAGCCCCAGGAUGGUCCACACAUCACUUCCUGUUGACUGGGUCAAUGGGGUCCUGUCCCAGGCUGCUGGGAACUUUGUGUUGCCCCCUCACUUCCUAGAGCCAGAAAGAGGUUGCCUGGGAGGUGGCCACUGUCUAGAAGCCAGCUGGGCAUUAGUGGGGUUGUGUGUAGGGGUCCCAGAGGUGGGAGGCCAGCGUCUCCGUCUUGGUUCUGCCCUGAGUGGCCUUGGACAAAUCCCUUGACUCCUCUCUGGCACCCUUCUGCCCAUGUAAGGUUCCCUUUCUGGGGGGCUCAGCUCCCUGGGGAUUUGGGGUUCCUUUCCUCAUCUCUUCCUGGAAAUUAGGGUAUUUUUGUGCAAACUCCCCCAGGUUUGGGGGACUCUGAUAAGAAUGGGACAAGCCUUCAGCUGUUUCUUAGCCCUCUGCCCAGCUGCCAUUAGCUUGGCUCUUAAAGAGCCAGGCCCCGUUUUCUGCCAUCCAGCAGCGAGGCUUUCCACCUGUUGGAGGAGCCUUUGGGGCUGAGAAGGAGGGGACCCCAGCCAAACUGGGGUUUCAAGCAGUCCCUUUGCAGUUUCUGGAGUCAUCCAAGGUUCUAGCUGGGCUUAGGAAAGCUCAAGGGGGCUGGGAGCUGUGUUGCCUGGGUUCUAUCCCGCCUCACUCUGUAUCAGGCACUUUAUUGCUGGGCCACAGUGGGAUGGGUUUGCCCCUGCUCUUCUGGAGCCUGGAAGGGAAGACUGGAGGGCUUUUCUGGAGGAGGCUGUUGAAUGAGAGGGGCCAGGUGGAGGAGGAGGAGGAGGCCAGGCAAACUAUUGCACAUGUGUGGGGGGUGGGGCAGCGACUCCCCAGACUUGGUUUUGUAAUGAUUUGUACAGGAAUAAAUGCACCUAAGCUCCGGC